AUGCGGGUUCGGGUACGGGUGGAGGAUGGGGAUUUGGGUGGUGGUGGUGGUGGUGAUGGAAGCGGGGAUGGUGGUUUCUCUUUCUUGUCAUGGUAUUUGACGGCUCUUGACAAGUACCCAGUGGCAACAAAAGCUAUAACCUCUGCAAUUUUGACGCUCAUUGGAGAUUUAAUUUGCCAAUUUGUGAUUAAUAGAGUGACGAAACUGGACCUAAAGCGGACAUUUGUUUUCACCUUCCUGGGACUUGCAUUGGUGGGUCCUACACUGCAUUUUUGGUAUUUAUCUUUGAGUAAACUGGUCACAAUGCCCGGAGCAUCGGGUGCGUUCUUGCGCCUUCUGCUUGAUCAGUUUGUCUUCUCUCCUAUCUUUAUAGGAGUUUUUUUAUGUUCACUUGUCACCUUGGAGGGAAGGCCUUCUCAAGUAGUCCCAAAGCUUCAGCAGGAGUGGUUUUCAUCAGUGCUGGCGAAUUGGCAAUUGUGGAUACCAUUUCAAUUUCUCAAUUUCCUGUUUGUUCCUCAGAAAUUACAGGUUCUUGCAGCAAAUAUGGUGGCCCUUGCAUGGAAUGUAAUUCUGUCGUUUAAGGCUCACAAGGAAAUCAUCAUCAAAUAGGAUGAUCAAAAAGAGUUGGUGCUAGCGGUAAAUCCCACCGCCCAAUUUCCUGGUAUCAACC